GACCGCAAACGUCGACGCACAAGUGAAUCCCCGUCUCCCUCAACCACCGACAAGCGCAUCCUCACUACCUUAGCUCAACUAGCCAAGAGCCACGCCGAUCAGCAAAGUCGCCUCGAACACCUUGAAAAGAUGAUGGCCGACUCUGUUCGGGGCGAACACUGUCUUCCAUGCCGAUACGAUACGGAGGAAAUGGAGCACAUCGUCGGUCAUGUGGAAGAUAAAAUCGACACUGACAUGGAGAAUGUGCGAUUUGAGUUGGAGGACAACUUGUUUGGCGAGACGCAGCAGCUUGUGGUGGAGAAGGCGGAGGAGCAGCAGUCGCAGUUGUGGGCCGAUAUGCGACAGGACUUGAUGGACGAAAUGCGACGGGAGAUCAAGGAGGAACUGAUGGAGGAGCUGAGACAGGAACUGGCGGCAGAGGUCAAAAAGGAGUUGUUCAAGGACAUGGCACAGGCAAUGAUGACGGCGGCGUGCGGUGACGGUGGAAAGUCUGGGACGGGCAUGUCACAAAGCACGCAGAGCACGGAUUCUACACAAUGAGGCAAGCCAUCGGCUGGUCCGAUAUCCUCAUCUCACGAUCUCACGAAUGAACAUGAUCUCUCCCCCC